AUGAACAGUCUCAGCUUCAACGAGCUGCAAACGAAACAAGAAGAACUUCACGGGGUUGCGGCUGAUAAGUUGGAGAAAGCUGCUGAUGUAGAAAAUAUGCUGAUUGAUGUGGAAAAGUAUCUGCAACAGAUUAAGGUGGGAACUCCUUAUGAAGUUGCUGAAAAAAUGAAUCAAGAUUACGUUCGAAAUCGUGACUUCCAAACCCAGUUCCUCAGGGCCAAUGAAUAUGACACCAAGGCAACCGCGGAGCAACUUAUUCGACAUUUUGAAAUGAAAGCGACUCUUUUUUCAAAGGAUACGCUCGCAAGAGACAUAGUUCUAAGUGAUUUGAACGACGAUGACAUUGCUUGCUUGCUGAGGG